ACAUUAGACCAGCCCAUACUGGGCCCAAAGCUCAAAGCCCAAUUUCUGAACCGUAAAACGGGAUCUUCUUCAAUCGGAACUCCCCCUCCCCAAAAAAAAACUCCGUUUACAAUGGGAGACAACAGCAGCGAUACGAUGCCGUCGCCGGCGAAAAUCGCGGCACAGGAAGAUGCACUUCUUAAACAAUUCUUCGCUGAGGUCAGUGAAGUUGAACGCGAUAACGAAGUUAAUAGGAUCCUUUCAUGCUUCAAGUUGAAUCCGUUUGACUAUCUUAACCUGUCGUUUGAUUCAUCCAUUGAUGAAGUCAAGAGGCAAUAUCGUAAGUUAUCUUUGCUAGUUCACCCUGACAAGUGCAAGCAUCCACAAGCAAAGGAGGCAUUUGGCGCUUUAGCAAAAGCUCAGCAGUUAUUGCUUGAUCCACAGGAGAGGGAUUAUAUUCUGAACCAGGUCAAUGCAGCGAAAGAAGAGCUGAGAGCAAAGUGGAAGAAGCAGCUUAAGAAAGAUACGGCUAGUAAAUUGAAAUCAUUAGUUACUGAGGGAAAAUUCGACCAAGAGCAUGAGCAAUCAGAAGAAUUCCAGCAUCAGCUGAAGUUGAAGGUUAAAGAAAUAUUGACGGACCAAGAAUGGAGGAGGAGAAAAAUGGCAAUGAGGAUAUCAGAAGAGGAAGGUCGUUUGAAGAAAGAUGAGGAAGAAACAAAAGAGAUGUGGAAAAGGAAGCGUGAGCAUGAGGAGCAGUGGGAAGGAACUAGAGAAAAGAGGGUGUCCAGUUGGAGAGAUUUCAUGAAAGGAGGAAAGAAGGUUAAGAAGGGAGAAAUUCGGCCUCCGAAGUUGAAAACAGAAGAUCCCAAUAAAUCUUACGUUCAAAGACCUGUGAAACGAGGUUAAACACAUGUACUCAAAUUAGUUUUGUUUCAGUGAGUUUAAAGCUUUAAUUGGCUGUGAAGUGCAAGCUUCAAACCUGUAUCAAUUUGCAUCUGUAGCACACUUAAAUUAUUCUGCAGCAAAGUAUAUCUAGAUGUAUAUUGAGUCUAACUAGCACAUAUAGAAGGAGCCCUUGGUAUUCUUUUCUGCUCUUUAGUUAUUGCAUUUGAC